CGCAUGACAAGUGCACGCGCAACGGCCCAUGAACCGCCGUAGACCGCCACCACUGGCACGAAGAUAAAGGAGCUGCUUCUCUUGCAGCAAGACAAAGCCUGCCGUCUGCAGAAAACAGGCGCGUUGCGUUUCUGUGUCGAUAGGAUCGGUCAUCUUCGUGUCCAUCGCCCGCAGCCGACCAGACGCACAGAGACUGAACACCGAUCAUGCCCACGCUAUCGCUGGUGAAUUUCAACAUCGUCUGCGCUACGCUAGGAGGCUUCAUCACAAUCUUCGGGCUGGUAUCGUAUCUUCUGAAGGAGAAGUACUACCUGUCAGAAGCACUUAUCAGCACCAUAGCAGGCCUGCUAUUUAGCCCUCAUGCCGCCAACUUUAUCCGACCGCUCGACUACGCGGAUCACAACCCCGAGGAUCUGGAGACAAUCACGCUCUACUUCACGCGACUGGUCCUCGGAGUACAACUUGUGCUUGCCGGGGUCCAACUACCGAGCAAGUACCUAUGGACAGAGCGAAAAAGCUUGGCUAUGCUGGUAGGACCAGGCAUGUGUAUGAUGUGGAUUACUACAUCGCUGCUUGUCUGGGCUCUUGUGCCGAAGAUCAAUUUUGUCAUGGCAAUGAGCAUCGGAGCUUGCGUUACGCCCACGGAUCCCAUCCUCAGUAACAGCAUUGUCAAGGGCAAGUUUGCAGAUAAGAACAUUCCUCGUCCUUUGCAGAAAAUCAUCAUUGCAGAGUCUGGUGCAAAUGAUGGCCUUGGAUAUCCAUUUCUCUUCCUAGGAUUGUAUUUGCUCAAAUACGCCGGCGAGGGAGGCUUCGGACAAAAACACAUUGGCGUUGGCUAUGCAAUGGGACUAUGGUUUGGAGAGACGUGGGCGUACACCAUCGUUUUAUCAGUCGUGUAUGGCGCAAUUGUCGGCUGGGUUGCGAAAGAGCUGUUGCACUGGGCUGAGGAGCGGCGCUUCGUCGACCGAGAAUCAUUUCUUGUAUUUGCUAUCACGCUUGCGCUCUUCAUUGUAGGCACCGUGGGAUUAAUCGGAUCGGAUGACGUGUUAGCUUGCUUCAUUGCAGGCAACGUCUUCACCUGGGAUGAUUGGUUCAGGGUCGAGACAGAAGACGACUCCCUACAGCCGACGAUCGACAUGCUACUCAACGUGUCUGUCUUCAUGUGGUUCGGCGCAGUCUGUCCUUGGCACAAAUUCGUUGACAACGAGGCGAUUCCCAUCUAUCGACUGAUCCCGCUCGGAAUUCUCGUCCUUCUCUUGCGCCGGCUGCCCAUGGUCUUUCUCUUCCGAAAGCAAAUUCAUCAGCUCGAAGAUUGGAAGCAGACGGCUUUCACUGGCUGGUUUGGGCCCAUCGGAGUGUCCGCCAUAUUCUACCUGUACGUGUCUCGGGAGUUCCUUCGAGAGGUAAUGGCGGACAACCAUGAGCGCUCCGACGCUCACCACUUGUCCGAAGCUCUUUUGGUGAUCGUUUGGUUCCUUUGCAUAUGCUCGAUCGUGUGUCAUGGGCUCUCUGUGCCAGUUGCAAAGCUCGGGUUCCAUCUCCCAAGAACGAUUUCCAUGGCUCUAUCGUCGGAGAGACCUUCACGGUCGCCCAGCAUAGCGCGAUCUGGACCUCUGCCAUUACCGCCGCGUCUUAUUGAUACUCGAAUUCGAUCGUCUGAGCCAUCAUCGGGAACCGUCACACCUCCAGUAGUCGCCGAGCAACGGACAAUCAGGUUUCCAGAUGAGGAGGAUCUUCGAAGGAAGACACAGAUGGAACGGCCCACUUGUUGAGGUUUGCGACAGAGAUCUCACAUUCGGACUGUCAUAUGGCCAAACGGGGUGCCAAGAGCUUGCUCACGACGCAUUGCUCAGUGAAGAGAAUGCAAUUGAGCUUAGAAAUAAUUGCGCACGUUGCCAUCCCAAGCCAGCUAGGCUCACAUGACCAC